AAGAAGAAGACGAAGAAGAAACUAAGCCGACACAACAGAAACGGUGCAAGUGCAGUCGGGAGGGCAAGCACCUUGGUCUAAACUUUACAGUAGAAAGGUCGAAAACGAACAGCGUAUUCUACUGAAGUUAAAGAUACAACUCCAUGAUAUAGGGGUUCGUGUUGUUGUAGCCAAAAAGAAUGCAGCGGAUUGGCGAAGCGGCAGAAUCAUCAACAUUUGAACGAGUCACGUUGAAAAACGCCUCGGUUUACCACUAUCUGAAGGUCUCCCUUGUACUAGAGAAUGACGGUACCACACUGAGUGCUGUAGAAUUGAAGCAGCUCAUCAUCAGUGCCCUCAGGAGUCUUUAUGGAGAGGUGGGAGCAGCGUUCCCCUUUGACCUAUUGAAAUAUGAGGAGGAGACGCUGACGGCAGUUCUGAGGGUUUACAGCAGGGGUCUGGUGAAGUUGUGGAGCUCUCUGACUCUUCUGGGCUCCUGUCGGAACCAGUCGUGUGCCUUCAGAGUCCUGCAGGUUUCUCCUUUCUUACUGGCGCUGAGUGGAAACAGCAGAGAACUACAGCUGAACUGACAGAGAGGAAACCACACCAGACGUCAACUCACCAUUCAUACACACACACACAGCUGGGCAGAAAAUGAACACCC